UGGCCGGAUGAAUCUUCGCUGCUGGCCGUGGAAACGGCUACAGCAGCUUGUUAGUUGAUUUUUAAAUUCCUAAGUGUUGUAUUUAAAGGCUUACGUGCACUGAGAAGGAAUCGCCACCUUAAAUAAGCAUAUGGGCGAUUAACAGGAGUUUUCCAAGAAAUAACUUCACCAAGAUGUCCAGUGAUAGGCAAAGGUCCGAUGAUGAGAGCCCCAGCACCAGCAGUGGUAGUUCAGAUGCGGACCAGCGAGACCCAGCCGCUCCAGAGCCUGAAGAACAAGAAGAAAGAAAACCUUCUGCCACCCAGCAGAAGAAAAACACCAAACUCUCUAGCAAAACCACUGCUAAGUUAUCCACUAGUGCUAAAAGAAUUCAGAAGGAGCUAGCUGAAAUAACUCUCGAUCCUCCUCCUAACUGCAGUGCUGGGCCUAAAGGAGAUAACAUUUAUGAAUGGAGAUCGACUAUACUUGGUCCACCAGGUUCUGUAUAUGAAGGUGGUGUGUUUUUUCUGGAUAUCACUUUUUCAUCUGAUUAUCCAUUUAAGCCACCAAAGGUUACUUUCCGCACGAGAAUUUAUCACUGCAACAUCAACAGUCAGGGAGUCAUCUGUCUGGACAUCCUUAAAGACAACUGGAGUCCUGCUUUGACUAUUUCAAAGGUUUUGCUGUCAAUUUGUUCUCUCUUGACAGAUUGCAACCCUGCGGAUCCUCUGGUUGGAAGCAUAGCCACUCAGUAUUUGACCAACAGAGCAGAACAUGACAGGAUAGCCAGACAGUGGACCAAGAGAUACGCCACAUAAUUCACAUAAUUUGUAUGCAGUGUGAAGGAGCAGAGGGCCUCUUCUCACUGUGCUGCAAAUCUUUAUAGCCUUUACAAUACGGACUUCUGUGUAUAUGUUAUACUGAUUCUACUCUCUGCUUUUAUCCUUUGGAGACUGGGAGACUCCCCAAAAAGGUAAAUGCUAUCAAGAGUAGAACUUUGUAGCUGUAGAUUAGUUAUGUUUAAAACGCCUACUUGCAAGUCUUGCUUCUUUGGGAUAUCAAAAUGUAUUUUGUGAUGUACUAAGGAUACUGGUCCUGAAGUCUACCAAAUAUUAUAGUGCAUUUUAGCCUAAUUCAUUAUCUGUAUGAAGUUAUAAAAGUAGCCGUAGAUGACUAGGAAUUAUGUCAUUUGUAUUAAACCCAGAUCUAUUUCUGAGUAUGUGGUUCAUGCUGUUGUGAAAAAUGUUUUACCUUUUACCUUUGUCAGUUUGUAAUGAGAGGAUUUCCUUUUACCCUUUGUAGCUCAGAGAGCACCUGAUGUAUCAUCUCAAACACAAUAAACAUGCUCCUGAAGGCAUA